AUGGGAAAUUUGACACCCGCGACGCUGCUGCUGCUGUUGCUGGUUUACCUUCCAACAGAACUGCUGUGCAUCCAGGUGAACGUUCCCGAGAGCGAAAGGAGCACCAUGUUGUUUGCGUCUGUGACCCUUCGCUGCGAAUUUACCACUUCUGCAAACCCGCAAGAUGUGCUGGUUACCUGGAGAUUCAAAUCUUUCUGUAAAGACCCCAUCCUGGAAUACUACUCUACAAGUUACCAGGCCGCCCUGCAGUUGGGUCAGGACCCGGCCAACGACUGCCAAGACCGCCAGCGCACCGUCCGCACAGUGGUCCAAAAGAGAGGCCUCAAUGAGCCCAUGCUGGGCGUAGAUUAUCGCAAUCGCAAAAUUACCGUUCAAAACAUGGCUGACCUGGUCAUCACUGAGGUCAUGUGGUGGGAUAACGGCGUUUACUUCUGCAACAUCGACGCUGCCGGUGACACGUCGGGCGAUUCGGAUCGUGAAAUUAAACUGAUUGUGUAUCACUGGCUGACGGUGCUGUUGAUCAUCCUCGGCGCCUUGGUGCUGAUCAUGCUUUUGGCGAUAUGUUGGUGUCAGUGCUGCCCGCAGAAGUGCUGCUGCUACGUGCGCUGCCCUUGCUGUCCUCAGACAUGUUGCUGCCCAGAGAAAGCUGUGAUGCAACACAGGAUGAUGCGUGAGGCCAAGAGGGCCAUGGCGCCUUGGAUGCAUGGCCAGCCCAUUUAUGCUCCCAUCAGCUCCAACAACUCAAUUCAGGGUGUCCCCAUGUUGUAUUCAGGCUCAUUCUCAGACCCCGGCAAACAAAACUUUGCCAUGGCACCCAUACAGAUGAUCCCACAGCAGACCGCUCCUCAACAUCACCUAAACGGCAGCGCUAAAGCCAACCACCAAAACAAUCGACACGUUUUGGAUUACCUGGAAAACCAGGUCAGGGGGCUAGACGUGCCUAUGCACCCCAUUCAGAAUGGGUCCCCAGUAGUGGUGCAGCCCCAGCCGCCUCCUGCCGUUGUGCCCUACACCCCCGGCCCACCCAGCAUGCUGUCUGCCCUCGACGAGAUGGGCGUAAGGGGCACGGAGAGACGAGUCGUCACGCUACCGCCUAUUAUACAGCGUGCGCCCAGUUUCUCCUCCCGCAGAGGACCCCGAAAUGGGGAACCAGACAGGGGGGCUCCGCGUUUCCCCAGCCAUUCCAGCAGUAGUACAAACCCCUCUGGAAGGGGCGUACAACGGCGAUAUAGAGAUCAUUCUCCUCCAAGACGGGGGGCCCUCCGCAACUACAGCGACGACUCCGACCGGGAGGGAAGGCAAGGAAGAGGGUACCGGAGAGAGCCGAGCCCAAGCAGGUCCAGGCCUCGGACCCGUAGCCGCGAUGACCUAAUGGAGGAGAUGCGUAGCAGAAGCGCGCGGAGGGAGAGGAGUUACUCGCCUCCUCGACGCAAAGGCUCCUGGAGCUCGGACGAAGAAGACAGUGACAGGCGAAGGGCAAGAGGGAGGGAUUGGCCUGAGAAGCCCCCCAGCUACUCCUCAGUGGAGAGCCAACACGGAACCGUCAAUGAUCGUAGGAACCACAGCCGACUUUCUGAUAGAAGCUCCCGUAGUAUCACCAGCAUGGUCAUCUGA